UCUCCCGUACCUCGUUCCCUUCGGCAAUCGCAAUUUGCAAAUCACAAAAAUUCCCCACCCCGGCCCUUCUUCAGUCGAGCCAAACCCCUGAACAGAGAAGAGCUCGACCUAGCAGGUGCGGCCGCCGCACCGCUCCCCACAAUGGCGUCCCUCUUCAAGGACCCGAGCAAGCUGUCGGCGUACAGGGACCGGCGGUUCAACGGGACGCAGGAGGAGUACGAGGCGGCGCUGCAGGCGUCGACGACGGUGUACAUCGGGAACAUGUCCUUCUACACCACGGAGGAGCAGGCCUACGAGCUCUUCUCCCGCGCCGGCGAGAUCAAGAAGAUCAUCAUGGGGCUCGACAAGAACUCCAAGACCCCCUGCGGCUUCUGCUUCGUGCUGUACUACUCCAGGGAGGAUGCUGAAGAUGCUGUCAAAUAUAUUAGUGGAACAAUGCUUGACGAUCGUCCAAUCCGUGUUGAUUUUGAUUGGGGCUUUGAAGAAGGCAGGCAGUGGGGCCGUGGACGGAGUGGUGGACAAGUCAGAGAUGAGUACCGUACAGAUUAUGAUCCAGGAAGAGGUGGUUAUGGUAAGAUGGUUCAGAAGGAGCUAGAAGCACAAAGAGAAUUAGUUGACUAUGGUGGAGCCUUUCAACCGAAUGCGCCACCUCCAUAUGAGAGAGGUGAACGCAAGAGAGGAUAUGGAGACUCAUACAGGAAUGACAGAGGAGAUUACCAACGGAAACGCAACCGGAAUGAUGAUCGGUCUGCUCCAGAGGGGUCCAGGAGAGCACCUGACUCUGAUCCAGCGGAGAAGAAUCCUAGGUUCCGAGAGAAGGGCGACUCUGAUGAGGAAGACGACGACUACGACAAGAGGCGCCGUCGCUAAACCUGUGGAACGAUUGUUGCUUGUAUGCAGUUGUUCUAGUGCCCAGUUACUUCAGAAUAUUCCUUCUUCUUGGGCCGUUCCUGUCUCGUGCCCUUGUCAUCUGUUAAUCAGCAUUUGCAUAGGUUCUCCAUGGGAUGAUAGUGAUUCUAUGUGAACUGUUUAAUACCGAGACCAAUGGAUUGGAGGCAGUUUUCACAUUA